AUGCGUCUUGGACUUCAAGUUCCUGGCCACGUUCUAGUCGAGGAAUCGAUCUUGACGCUCGACGGCACCCCCUUCUCCCUGCACCCGCUGUGCCAUGGGGGAUUCCCCUCGUUGCUUCGAGUGGAUGUUGGUACUACAGUUCCAACCAUUGCGGUCGUCGCCGUCAGCUGCAACUUGGCGAGGGCGGAGUUACCCCACGAGACGUGUAACCUCGGCUCGCACCUCUUGUCGCCGAGCGAUACGACAGGCGCGUUCGGCGGCGGCGGUGAUGGGGGACAGCACUUGCACCAAGUGGACGGCGUUGGCGGACUGAGUUUUGUUGCCUAUUUCUAUCCUGGGUAG